CGCGUGCAUUCGGGGUCUUGUGGCGGGAGUGGCUCUCGCGCCAUUGGUGGAAAAAGUUUGCCUGGCAGCCGGCUCCGGCUUCCGAUUGGGCGACGGAAGCGGCCACGCCCACAACUUGAAAAAAAGCGCUGGUCCGGGCGGGCGGAUCAAUCCGAAGCGACUCGCUCAGCAAACACUCCACCAUGGCGGCCCGGGCAAGCUCCGCGCAGCGCUCCUGCUUCUUCUGAGUGCCGGAUUACUUUUCAGGGCCCUUUUUUGUUUUUUGGGGCCGGGGGGGUGGGGGGAUUGUCUUUUGCCGCCCGCGGUGCGGGGCGUGCGGGUGCUUCGCUGCGCUCCGGACAUGAGUGAGAGGAGGCGUUCGGCCGCCGCUCUGAGCUCGAGAGCCAGCGCGUUCUCCGUGGAAGCCCUCAUCGGCUCCGGCAAGAAGCGGAAACUGCGGGCAGCCGCCGCCGCCGCCGCAGCCGCCGCCGGCGGCGUCUCCGGCGUCGGCUGGGACCACCACAAGGACGACGAAGUCGACGACGACGACGACGGCCUCCACUUGGACGAUCCGGCACACUGCCUCGACAUGGACCCGGACUCUGAGGCGAGUCCGAACGGCUCGGACGGCUCCGACCUGGCCGAGCGGACGGCGUGCUCCUUCGGCCCGCUGCCGUCGGCCGGGGCGGCGGCGGCGGCCCCCCAGCUGGCUCCCUCUUCCUCGUCCUCCCCGCUGGCGGCGUCCAUGGACGAGAUCCACGUGGAGCUGCAGUGCGCCGACCUGUGGAAGCGAUUCCACGACAUCGGAACCGAGAUGAUCAUCACCAAGGCCGGCAGGAGGAUGUUUCCCGCCAUGCGAGUCAAGAUUGCCGGCCUGGAUCCUCACCAGCAGUACUACAUCGCCAUGGACAUCGUGCCCGUGGACAACAAGAGAUACCGGUACGUGUACCACAGCUCCAAGUGGAUGGUGGCGGGCAACGCCGACUCGCCGGUGCCCCCGCGGGUCUACAUCCACCCGGACUCGCUGGCGUCGGGCGACACGUGGAUGCGGCAGGUGGUCAGCUUCGACAAGCUCAAGCUCACCAACAACGAGCUGGACGACCAAGGACACAUCAUCCUGCACUCGAUGCACAAGUACCAGCCCCGCGUUCACGUCAUCCGCAAGGACUUCAGCAGCGAGCUGUCGCCCAACAAGACGGUUCCGGCCGGCGAGGGCGUCAAGACCUUCAGCUUUUCCGAGACCGUCUUCACCACCGUCACCGCCUACCAGAACCAGCAGAUCACCAGACUAAAGAUCGACCGGAACCCCUUUGCCAAAGGUUUCCGGGACUCCGGCAGAAACAGGACGGGCCUGGAGGCCAUCAUGGAGACGUACGCGUUCUGGAGGCCGCCGGUCAGGACGCUCACCUUUGAAGACUUCACCAACAUGCAGAAGCAGCAAGGCGGCAGCACGGGCACGUCGCCGACCACGUCCAGCACGGGCACGCCCUCCCCCUCCGGCGCGGCCCACCUGCUGUCGCCGUCCUGCUCGCCGCCCGCCUUCCACCUGCCGCCCAACACCUUCAACGUGGGCUGCCGGGAGAGCCAGCUGUGCAACCUGGGCCUCUCCGAGUACCCGCCGUGCGCCCGCGGCAACAUGGCGGCGCUGCAGGGCUACGGCGGCCUGGCGGACGGCUCCUACGGACGCCUGCAGGCGGCGGGCGGGGGCGUGGCCGCCGCCCAGCCCGCCGACUCCUUCUUGACGCAGAGGACUUCCUCCUUGAUCGGCAUGCAGGGCGGGGCUCCCGGCGGCGGUGGCGCUGGCGCCGGCAAAAUGGAUGCCUACGGAGGCCAGCUGGGCACCUUCCCCGCCUCGCAGCUUCAGUACGUGAUGCAAACGGGCGCCGGCGGGUCCGGUGGCGCCCCGGCCGGCGCUCCCUCCGGAUCCUCGCCGUCCUCGGCUCACGUGUUCGGGGGGGGGCACCACCACCACCACCACCACCACGUGCAGCAGGGCUCCUACAACGCCUUCUCCCUGCACAACCCCUACAACUUGUACGGAUACAACUUCCCCGCCUCGCCCCGCCUGGCCGCCAGCCCCGAGAAGCCGCAGGGGGGGCCGCUGUGCUCCUCCGCCCAGGCCGGCGCCUUUGCCGAGCGCCAGUACCUGUCCAACGGCAACGUGGACACCGUGCACAUGAUCGGCAACGGCGGCGGCCAGCAGCAGGGCGGCGCCGCCUGCGACGGCCGCCAGUACGCCGCCCCUUCCCAGAUGUCCAUGCACAUGGUGUAGAGACUCGGGGAUUGGUGGGGGGGGGGCAGGCGGCGUU